UUGUACUUUCAGCCAGUACUCUCCACUGGUGGUGGAGGAGGAGGCGGCGGCGGUGGCGGCGGUGGAGGUGGUGGUGGAGGCGGUCGAGGUAGCUAUAGCACCGGCGGCGGAGGUUACGGAGGUGGCGGCGGUGGAGGAGGAGCUAAAGGCUCCAGUCUUGGUGCCACAAGAGGCGCUUGUGCACCUGGAAGCCCGAACUGUGGCGGCGGUUCAACCAACUGCAUUCCUGGAAGUCCCAACUGCCCCGGCGGCAGCGCUGUAGCUCCAUGCUUCCCUGGAAGCCCCAACUGCGGUGGCGGCGUGAAUCCAGCUCCAUGCAUACCUGGAAGUCCCAACUGUGGCGGCGGUACAACCAACUGCAUUCCCGGAAGAUGGUGUAAACUAAUAACGGCUCAGAUCUAA